AUGCAGCCACUCACUUCUGCAAUGACUACGUUGAAAAAAUCGCUAUUGGCGGCUCUGAAGUCGUUUCUGCGCGGGAGGUCCUUCUUACAGGCCCUCCUUGCGUUUUGGGUCAGCCCAAGGGCUUUGAAGGAACACAAUGUCGACGGAAAGAUAUACCCGUCGAGGACUCUCGAGCAAUUCUUAGAGGAGGCAGAGAAGCUCUUUUUAGGUCCCAUUGAUGGGGACGGACUAAGCAGGUAUUCGUCAGACCUUAAACAUCAGUUUCGGGAACGAUUGCAUACCCAUGCGGAAUGCAUGCUUCCGUCGUUCAACCACCUCCUUCCGACUGGAAAAGAACGAGGCCAAUAUCUUGCUCUCGAUGUCGGAGGUUCGACACUAAGGGUUGCGCUGGUGGAACUAAGGGGCCGUGAAACAACUGGGAGGGAGAGCGAGAUUGUUCGGAUGGUUAGCUUCAAGAUUACACCAGAAGUUAAGAAGCUCGAGGGAAUGAGUUUCUUCGACUGGAUGGCAGCUCGGAUCUACGAGGUAAUCCAAAAAGAUAUCUCACAUGAUCAGGAUGUAAUACCAAUGGGCCUCGCCUGGAGUUUCCCCGUAGAACAAGUAUCAAUGGGUGGUGGCCUUCUGCUUGGCAUGGGUAAAGGUUUCUUAGCUACUAGUGGCCUACUUGGCCAGGACUUAGGCGAGAUCAUCAAAUUCGCCUGCAAGAAGCGAGGCCUUAAUGUUCAACUUGAAGCAAUCGUAAACGACAGCACGGCGACGUUAUUAUCUCAGGCCUACAUCUACGCCUCGACGCGGUUCGGCCUGAUACUAGGAACUGGCACUAACAUCGCAGUCCACCUGCCGGUGUCGGCGUUCAGCCGGUCUAAAUACGGGAAACGCCCAGAUGGUUGGUUCGAGUCUGCAAGCCACGUUAUCGUGAACACGGAACUAGGAAUGUUCGGGAAGGAUAUCCUACCCUUAACACGGUGGGACAAACUCCUGAGUGCUGCCCACCCGCGACCCGAAUUUCAGCCACUCGAGCACUUACUUAGCGGUUACUACCUCGGAGAGAUCUGUCGACUCGCUAUAGUCGAAGCCGUCGAGACCGUCGGACUAUUGGGUGGUCAGUUACCACCAUCCCUAGAGAAGCCGUACUCCCUGGACACAGAGUUACUGUCAAAAAUCGAAGAGGAUACGUCACCUAGUCUCGACAAAGCCAUAUUACAAUUUACAACACAUCACCCCUCCACCACAUUGCCUACCCUCUCCGACAUAACUGCAAUCCGCACCCUCGCAACAUAUAUAUCACGACGAUCCGCCGCCCUCUUAGCCGCGUCCGUGUUCUCGCUCUGGGAGCUACGACACGAGACGGAAGCCGAACUCGCCACGGCAUCCCCUAAACCCACACCCUCGAACGAUAGCGCCGUAGCCCUACCGUCACCUUCCGUCGAUGAGGAGUUGAAGGAGGUCGAGGUCAGCACAAAAGUAGCUUUCAAUGGCUCCGUCAUCGAGCACUACCCGCAGUAUCGCGCUACGUGCCAACAAUAUAUCGACGAUUUAGUCUCGCAUAGCGAGCACGUCGGGUCCGUGGACUUAGUCCCGACAGUCGAGAGUUCCAUCAUUGGAGCUGCGGUUGCGCUCGCGUGUGCCACGGCCGUCGAAACAUAA